CUACAGUCCUUUUCGUAUUAAGUGAAGUUCUGUUGAGCUGCCGAAAGCUCUAAACAAAAUGUUAUUGAUUUUGUCACUCAUUUUCGCCACCGUUGGUUACGUGCUGUUUAACUAUCAUCGAGCCCGUCAGCGGGUGCUUAAUAUACGGUCGCACUUUGGUGGUCCCGAUGUGCAUUAUUUCUUCGGAAAUUUGCAAAUGUUUUUUGGCAAGAGUAUACCAGAGAUAUUCGAGAUCGUGUCAGGUAUUCAUGAUAUUCACGGUGAGGAUCUUGUUAUAAUUGGGCCCUUCAAUGAGUUGAUAUUGGAUUUAUCUAGUUCGAAAAAUGUCGAAAAAGUCUUACUGGCAAAGUCGAUCCGGAAAUCGUUUGCUUACGAUUUUAUUGAACCAUGGUUAGGCAAAGGCUUGUUAAUUUCAACUGGCGAGAAAUGGUUCCAGAGAAGAAAAAUCAUCACUCCGACAUUUCACUUCAAGAUGUUGGAGAACUUUUUGGAAGUGUUCAAUAGCGAAGCGGACAUCCUGGUGUCCAAGCUCAAGCGCCACGCAGGCAAGGUGGAAUUUGAUAUCUACGAUUACAUCACGUUGUAUGCUCUGGACAGUAUUUGUGCAACUUCAAUGGGAGUCCAAAUCCAUGCCCAGGACGACCCACAAAACGAGUACGUAAUAGCAGUCAAGCAAAUGAGUACUUUUAUAAUACGGCGAAUAUUCAGCGUUCUUCGUAAUUUUCCGUCACUUUUCUUCCUGUACCCAUACGCAAAAGAGCAAAAACAAGUAAUUUUGAAACUGCAUAAUUUUACCAAUUCAGUUAUUGAUUCCCGAAGAAAAAUACUGGAACAGGAAAAAGCCGAUAACAAGGUAGCGUUCGAUAUUAGUGAAGAAGAUAUGUAUUCAAAGCGGAAGCUUACCUUCCUUGACUUAUUACUAAACGUAACCAUAGAGGGCCAACCUCUCAGUCGUGAGGAUAUUCGAGAGGAGGUAGAUACAUUUAUGUUCGAAGGCCAUGACACAACCACGUCGGGUAUUUCUUUCACGAUGUGGAAUUUGGCCAAAUACCAGGAUGUUCAGCAGCGGUUAUAUGAAGAAGUUAUUCGAGUUCUGGGUAAAGACCAAACCACCAAACAACUGACGAAUAUGCAGAUCCAGCAGCUCGAAUACUUGGAUAUGGUCGUGAAGGAAUCACUACGCCUGAUGCCCCCGGUACCAUUUAUUGGACGAUCUCUCGUUGAGGACAUGGAAAUAAAUGGCAUCACCAUCCCCGCUGGCACGACAAUUACAAUCAAAAUAUAUAACAUUCAUCGCAAUCCGAAGGUUUGGCCCGAACCGAAGAAGUUUGAUCCGGAACGGUUCUCCAAGUCGAACGAAAGUACUCGGGGCCCGUAUGACUAUAUACCCUUUAGUGCAGGAUCACGCAAUUGUAUUGGACAGCGAUACGCCAUGAUGGAACUGAAGGUGACACUAAUUAAACUGCUUGCCAACUACAAGGUACUCCCGGGAGAAUCGAUGGCGAACAUGAAAGUCAAAACGGACCUGGUGCUGCGUCCGGAUACGGUUAUUCCCAUUAAGCUACUGGAGCGCUGA